GUGCGUGCGGAUUGCUACGUGGUGUGCGGCGUUGGGUGCAGAGCCGCGUGGAUGUCGUAGGGGUGGGUUUACCUGCUACCUCAUAUGCGACCUCGGUAGUCAUUACGUCUGGGUGAGCGUUGGUGCGUUGUGCAGUGCGCACUCCGCGUCUAUAAAAUGAGACAGCUCACCACCUGAAGAAAGUCAGAUGAACCACCUGCUGAUCACCGGACUGCCUGGAGUUGGCAAGACCACUCUUCUCCAGCGGGCUUUGGAGCAGUUGAAAAAUGUGCCGGCGACUGGCUUCGUGACAGAGGAGGUGCGCCAGUCCGGCGACCGUGUGGGCUUCGACGUGGUGACGCUGACUGGCGGCCGGGCGCCGCUGGCUCGCGUCGGUGCCGGCGGCGGCCGCAGUCGGCCCUGCGUCGGCCGUUACGCCGUCGACCUGGAGUCGUUCGAGCGCGUCGCGCUGUCGGCCAUGGCUAGCGCCCCAUCCGGCGGCGUGCUGGUCAUCGAUGAGAUUGGCAAGAUGGAGCUAUUGAGCGCGCCGUUUCAGCGCUCGGUCCGCGCCGCGUUCGCCGGCGGCGCGGCGGUGAUCGUGGCGACUGUGCCGGUGCCGCGCGGCCGGCAGCCGGCGCUGCUGGCCGAGCUGCGCUCCCGACCCGACAUCCGCCUGCUGGAGGUCACGCGGCAGAACAGGGAGGCGCUCGUGCAGACCGUGACGGACUUUGUUCUGAAGAGACUGGGCAACGGUGGCGGAGCGGUGCCCGACUGAGGGGCCGGGGGUGGGAGAGGGGCGCUCCCUGCGUGUUGGGGCAAUGUCCCGCUGGUGGGCGGGGUGAUAACAGAAGGGCUUUCACGGCACCCUACGGGUGUACUGUGGUGCCGGGACCUAUCCCAUCUGCGGACAAACCCAACGGCUGAGCGUGUGAAGUUCGCAGCGUGUGUCGAGGGAAGCAUACAUGUGCGCUGGGAGUUGGUGUAGGUGAGCUGCUGAUGUACUGCUCCGCCCAGAACCCAGGGCGUGUUUGUGUGAUGUAACGUGUCAUAGCUUCAAACCUGCAUUGUGCGAUGUCUUCUCCUUGGGCUGCUUAAUAUUAAUCGUGCAGAAAAUGAAUAAACCGUACCUCCACUGUACGAGUAUUGACGAGA